AUGGCAUCUGCAGGCUCUGAUCAUUCCCCUCUUCAUAUGGAAAUGAAUGUAAGGCCUGACACUACCAAAAAAUACUUCAAGUUCCUGAACUGCUGGACUCAGAAUGCCACCUUUCUGCCUCUGGUUCAACAAAUCUGGGAGAGCCCAGUACUGGGUAAUGCCAUGAGAGUUUUCCAUCUGAAAAUUAAGGCUCUGUGUAGUGCUAUGAGCAAGUGGUCAAGACAAGAAUAUGGAGACAUUUUUAAGCAGACCAAAGAAUAUGAAGGAAAAAUGAAGAGAGCAGAAGAAGCAUGGAUUCAAUCCAAUAAGGAAGAAGACAGAGCUGCCCUCAAUGAGAUCAAUGCCCAGUACAUCAAACACCUAAAGGUGGAGGAGUCAGUCCUCAAACAAACGACCCAACUGCAGUGGUUCAAAGAUGGAGAUGCCAACACCAGGGAAGACCUAAUCUCUUGUAUUCCUACAAUGGUCACACCUGAAGACAAUGAAUUGCUUGCCACACAGCCUACAUUGGAGGAACUCAAACAAGUGGUGUUUUCAAUGUACCCCACCAGUGCUGCAGGUCCAGAUGGGCUAAAUGGUAAAGUUUUCCAUCACUGCUGGGAAAUCAUCAAAGAUGACCUUUUCAAGGAAAUUGUUCAAGGCAUCAAAAAGCCAAAUAUUGGUGCUAAUGAGGUUAUCAAAAUUGAUAUGACCAAAGCAUAUGAUAGGGUGUCUUGGGAUUUCACUUGUAUCAUGAUGAGGAGAUUGGGCUUCAGUGAGUUCAUCAUUGACAUGACUCUUGAUGAUUAUGAAUCCACUUCUGGGCAACUAAUCAAUAAAAGCAAGAGCCACUUCAUGAUAGCCCCAUGUGCCUUCCACUACACCAUCAGGAGAAUUCAACAAAUCACUGGCUUUUCAAGAAAGGAAUCACUUCUAACCUACCUAGGUUGCCCCCUAUACACUGGCAGGACAAGAAUCAUUCACUUCAAUUGCCUCAUUUCCAAGGUGAUGAGUAGAAUUAGAGGGUGGCAUGGCAGGCUCCUCUCUUAUGGUGGUAGGUUAACCCUAAUCAAAUAUGUUCUUCAGUCAUUACCUAUUCAUUUACUCUCAGCUGUUUCUCCUCCCAAAACUAUCCUUAAGCAAAUUGAAAAGCUCACAGCAAAUUUCUUUUGGGGAAUGGACAAAGAAAGAAAUAGAUAUCAUUGGGCAUCAUUGCAGAAAAUGUCCAUCACUCAGGAGGAAGGUGGAAUUGGGCUCAGAGCCAUUGAAGAUGUGUGUAAGUCAAUGGAAUUCAAACAAUGGUGGACCUUCAGAACAAAACAAUCAUUGUGGAGUAGUUUCCUCCUAGCUAAAUAUUGCCAAAGAUCUCACCCCGUUUCUAAAAAGUGGAACUCAGGCCAAUCUCAAACUUGGAUGAAAAUGAUUCUGAACAGAAAGGAAGCUGAACAUCACAUACAGUGGAGAUUGCACUCUGGUAAUGCUAGUUUCUGGUGGGAUAAUUGGUUGGGAACUGGUAACCUAGCCAGCUAUAGAGAAGGUAGUGGAAGACCUGGGAACAUCAAGGUGUCCUACUUCUGGAAUGCUGGCCAAUGGGACAUUUAA